GCGGCAGGGCCGCCGUGACCCCGUCCUCGGACGUCGGCGCCGGACUGCCGGGAUGAAUAGCGCGGCGGUCAUCGGGCGCCAGCUACGCCAACAGAACACGGGUCGCGCGGGAGCCGCUGGCGGUUCGUCUCUCACGGCAGCCUCGGCGCGCGCUCGCGCCCCGUCCCACUGCAACCUGAUCCCGCCGCAGUCGCAGCAGCUCCAGCAGCAGCAGCAGCACGCGCAACAGCAGCAAGCGCACGGUGCCUCGGGCGCCGGAGCCUCGUCGCAGGACAACAAAGACGAGUCGCAGGGUACCCAUUGGACCUGGAGCUGCGUGUGGGAGGCAUGCAAGGCACUCUCGGGGGGCAUCUUUCUACUGGCCUUGGGCACGGCCAUGUGCGUGGUGGGCUUUUUCGCCGAAGAUUUGGCCACGUCGCCCGUGCCACGCCAAGGCAACGCGUCCGCCCCGGCGGCGGCCGCCUCGUCGUCGACGACCACGUCCGACGGCGCCGCCGCGGCUGAGUCGCAGGCGGCCACGACGCUCGUGGUAGACCGCAACCGCGAAUACCACCUGCACAACCUGUCGUUCGCGGGCCCCGCCAUCAUGGGCCUGGGCGGCAUCUUCAUCGUGGCCGCUUGCGUGCUCACCUUCGAGGCCAAGGAGCGGCCCCACCAUCAGCGGGUCGUGCCCGUGGACGAGAAGAGGCCCUCCGCCGCGGAGGUACUCAUCCCGGUGCUGGCCAAGACGCCCCAAGGCACUCACCUCACCGUGCCGGCCGUGUGGACCACGACGGCGGCCGGAGCCAGCGACGACCCGGGGCCUUCGGAACCGCCCCGGACGCUCGUGCUCCCCAAGAAGAACUCGGUCACCACGACGACUACGGCCACGACCACGACCACGUCGUCGCGCAGCAGCGCGGCGCCACCGAACAGGUACACCAGCCGAGGCAAGAGGGGCAGCGUGGCCGGCGCUAGCAGCAGCGGAAGCAGCUCCAUCAUCGCCGCUGCCUACGCGGCCAGCAGGUCGGGGACGAAGACGGCCCGCACGUCGCUUUCGUCCACCACGACGUUCCUGCUGAGCCCGCGCUACGAAGAGCAGUUCCUGCCGUCGCCCGCGGACCUGCAGAUCCAGGACCCGGACGGCUGCGACAGUCCGGCCGACGAGUCGCUCACCUCGGUUAGCAUCGAACUGUACGCGCGGCGGUACACGAGGAUGCCGUCGACCUCCUCGUCGCCGCGCCACUUCGCGUCCGUCGAGAGCGACGGGCUCUCGGACUCUGACGACGACGACGACGCGGUGACGCCCGGCGGCUACGCGCCCGCGGGGGCCUUCGAAGACCAGGUGGUUCCGUUGCUGGGACGGUGCAGCCCGCAGGACUUGGUGUAUCUGCCGCCCCCACCGUCGUCCCGGUCUUCGCACCACCGGGACGGCGGGGGUUCCAAGAGGUUCCCGCUCCUGCGGCAGUCGGCGUCCAACGCCGACGGCUGCAGCCGGGGCCUGAACGGCCGGGCUUCCGCCGACGAGAUGGUGCCCAGCUAGGAGCGCGCUACUACUUUCUCCGCCCCCGAAAGGACCCGGUCUUCGGCCGCCUCGGCCGGGUGUGUUUUUCAGCCGUUUCGUAAGAGUGAGCUACCCCUCCGCUGCCCCCGUCUCUAGACCGAGUCGCACAAGCUUCGUCGAUCAUGCUGGUUUAUUAUUAUUUUAUUUUACCUGUUCUGUUCUCCGAGAAAGCGCUCGACUCCUCUCCGUUUCCGAGAGGAUCCGUCUGCAAAGAACGCCGGAGCCCGUCCUCCGCUGUGU